AUGGACUGGUACUGGUCUAUGGCCCUAAGGCUUCUCCCCACUCCGGCGGAGGGAUAUAGGGGAAAAAAGGUCCAGGAGCUGUGCGAAGACAGACGCUGGGGGAGGGACUUAACAGAGACAGGAAAAGGCGGGGCUAAUAACUCUCAGGGCCUGAAAGGGAGUGAGGUGGCAGUAGGUUCUGGAAGGCGGCAAUUGGGUGAGGUGGCGAGUGAUGUAAUAGCCGCGGGCUCACGGGUUCAGACGGGCGCUGCCGCGUCUGCGCAUCCGGAGCGGGUUGCCGGUGCGACAGCCUGGAAUUGUGGGGGUUGUGUCUGCCCCUUGGCUGUCAGGCGGGAAGCCGAAGUGGGUUGGGACCCAAUUGUGCAGUUACCUGACCUCAUCACAGUCCAGUUGCUGGGUCUCCCUGUGCCUCCCGAGGGCCUGCCCCUAUCUAGGAUGGCUCCUCACGGCAUGCUGCUCGGGCUGCUGAUGGCUUCCUGCUUCAUCUUCUGCCUCAGUCAUCAGAACCCAGAGUUUGCACUGACCUACCCAGAGAGGAGCAGCACCAAAGAAACAGAGAGAAAGGAAACCACAGCAGAGGAGGAGCUGGACCCCGAGGUUCUGAAUGUGUUUCACCCGACCCAUGAGUGGCAGGCCCUUCGGCCAGGUCAGGCUGUCCCUGCAGGAUCCCAUGUGCGGCUGAAUCUUCAGACUGGGACAAGAGAAGUGAAACUCCAAGAUGAGGACAAGUUCCAAAAUACUUUGAAAGGGUCGAAAAAAGGCAAAAGGCUGGACAUCAAUACCAACACCUACACCUCUCAGGACCUCAAGAGUGCACUGGCAAAAUUCAAAGAAGGGACAGAGAUGGAGAGUUCAAAGGAGGACAAGGCAAGGCAUGCUGAGAUUAAACGGCUUUUCCGCCCCAUUGAGGAGCUGAAGAAGGACUUUGAAGAGCUGAAUGUUGUCAUUGAGACUGACAUGCAGAUCAUGGUACGGCUGAUCAACAAAUUCAAUAGUUCCAGCUCCAGCCUGGAGGAGAAGAUUGCUGCACUCUUCGAUCUUGAAUAUUAUGUCCAUCAGAUGGAUAAUGCACAGGAUCUGCUUUCCUUCGGUGGCCUUCAAGUGGUGAUCAAUGGGCUGAACAGCACAGAGCCCCUGCUAAAGGAGUAUGCUGCGUUUGUGCUGGGGGCAGCCUUUUCCAGCAACCCAAAGGUCCAGGUGGAGGCCAUUGAGGGGGGAGCUCUGCAGAAGCUGCUAGUAAUCCUGGCCACGGAGCAGCCUCUUACUGUAAAGAAGAAGGUCCUGUUUGCACUGUGCUCCCUGCUACGACACUUUCCCUAUGCCCAGCAACAGUUCCUGAAGCUGGGGGGGCUACAAGUCCUAAGGAGCCUAGUGCAAGAGAAGGGCACGGAGGUGCUGGCCGUGCGUGUGGUCACCCUGCUCUAUGAUCUGGUCACUGAGAAGAUGUUUGCCGAAGAGGAGGCCGAGCUAACCCAGGAGACAUCCCCAGCGAAGCUGCAGCAAUAUCGCCAGGUGCACCUCUUGCCAGGCCUGCGAGAACAGGGCUGGUGCGAGAUCACUGCCCACCUCCUGGCACUGCCUGAGCAUGAUGCCCGUGAAAAGGUGCUGCAGACGCUGGGCGCCCUCCUUGCCACCUGCCGGGACCACUACCAUAAGGACCCACAGCUCAGCAGGAUGCUGGCCAGCCUGCAGGCUGAAUACCAGGCGCUGGCUACCCUGGAGCUUCAAGGUGGCGAGGACGAGGGCUACUUCCGGGAGCUGCUGGGCUCCAUCAACAGCUUGCUGAAGGAGCUGAGAUGAGGCUGCCCCAGUGGGGGAAUGGUCUGGAACGCUGCUAGUAAGGCUGAGAGGAACUUGCUUGGGUGGGUUCUUCAGGGGACAGCAGGCAGGAGGGAGGCCUGAGCAUUAUCUGGGCAGUGCUGGCCUGGCCAUUAAAUGGAGACAUGAAUGCCAUUGUUUGUCUACAGUAUGUCUGCAGCCCUGUGGUAGUCAGAUGGGUUAUUGGGUGAUAGGUCCCUAAGCGCCGCUAGUGACAUGCUGCAUGGUCAGCCCAGAACAGCCAGCAAGUAACAGACCCUAUGGGAAGGGUCUGGGCUCAAAGGUUGGGAAACCUUGACUGGGACCAGUAGUUCUAUGACCUUGGGAAGUCGCUUAACUUCCCUGAGCCUCUUUCCUCAUCUGUCAAAGGGGAAUGCCAUUAAAUGAGAGAAAAUAAAGGCCUAUAAAGGACUACACUA